AGAGAGAGAGAGAGAGAGAGGGAGAGAGAGAAGGAGAGAGUGUGCGUGAGAGGGAGACGGGGAGGGAGGAGGGAAAGAGCGUCGCUUCCUCCCGUCACUAAAGCAAUAAUCUAUUAGGAUUUUUUUUUACAUUUUUUUUCUUUUUUUUUUCUUUUUUUUCUUUUUUUUUUUUUUUUUCAAUGUGGGCAGCUAUCACCCCAGGGGUAAAAAAGGGGAGAGAAGCACCGCCAGACCAACUCUGUCAUUUCCAGUAAGAAGUUGCAGACUUGAUGUAGCUGUCUCUGCUGUGGUGAGAGAGGGAUGGAAAUUGUGUGCAGUGCAGAGUGGAAAAUAGUCCCCAUCUAAAGAAGUGCACCGGAUUUUUGCUUGCUGCUUGUUUGCGCUGUUGUGUGCGCGUUAAGCGCCCGAAGGAUCGCCGCUUAAUAGAAAUGAAACGUGGAGAGGAUGACUAACGACGGAACUGUGAAUUUGUUCCCUGGAGUUGCUAAUUUGCCACCCCGAAGCAACACAUAUCUCAAGGAGGAAGCAUUUGGCUGCUGCUGAUUUCUCCAAAACUGGUGGUUUACCAGAUGCAUUGUGCUGUAUCUGCUGGAACAGAUCAUUGCUUAGCUGCAGCAGAUCGUCAAAGGUAGACAACCAACUGCUGUCUCCAAAUAAGAAAUGAGAUGUAAUGCAUCCUGCAGUCCAUGCAUGCCUCCUCUUGCAAAUCGCGCAUCAUUUCAGUGUGGAAACCUUUAAGUCCUAAAAUCCAGGAAAAGAGAAUAAAAACAUUAUCAUGGACCUGAGGGAAUUUUACUUGUUGGCCGCUCUGAUUGCCUGUUUAAGGCUGGAUUCUGCUGUAGCUCAAGAACUUAUUUACACUAUUAGAGAGGAGCUGCCUGAAAACGUCCCCAUAGGAAACAUACCAAAGGAUCUGAACAUUUCUCACAUCAAUGCUGCCACGGGGACCAGUGCCAGCCUUGUCUACAGACUGGUGUCCAAAGCAGGGGAUGCCCCUCUGGUCAAAGUGUCCAGUACCACCGGGGAGAUCUUUACAACAUCGAACAGAAUAGACAGAGAGAAACUCUGCGCUGGCGCUUCCUAUGCAGAAGAAAAUGAGUGUUUCUUUGAACUUGAAGUGGUGAUUCUCCCCAAUGACUUUUUUAGGCUGAUCAAAAUAAAAAUAAUUGUGAAGGAUACUAAUGACAAUGCACCUAUGUUUCCAUCCCCUGUCAUUAAUAUUUCCAUACCAGAAAACACUCUGAUCAACAGUCGCUUUCCGAUCCCAUCAGCAACAGAUCCUGAUACAGGUUUCAACGGUGUACAGCACUACGAGUUGCUGAAUGGGCAGAGUGUCUUUGGCCUGGAUAUCGUAGAAACUCCAGAAGGAGAGAAAUGGCCUCAACUGAUUGUGCAGCAGAACUUGGAUAGAGAGCAAAAGGACACCUACGUGAUGAAAAUCAAAGUGGAGGAUGGAGGUACCCCGCAGAAAUCCAGCACAGCUAUCCUGCAAGUCACAGUAAGUGAUGUCAAUGAUAACAGGCCAGUUUUUAAAGAGAGUCAAGUAGAGGUUCAUAUACCAGAGAAUGCGCCUGUAGGCACUUCUGUAAUUCAGCUUCAUGCUACAGAUGCAGAUAUAGGAAGCAAUGCAGAAAUCAGAUAUAUUUUUGGUGCCCAAGUUGCCCCUGCGACCAAAAGAUUUUUUGCUUUAAACAACACCACAGGGCUGAUCACGGUUCAGAGGUCCUUAGAUCGGGAAGAGACUGCUAUUCACAAAGUGACAGUGCUGGCUAGUGAUGGCAGCUCUACACCAGCUCGGGCAACUGUGACCAUCAAUGUCACUGAUGUAAACGAUAACCCUCCGAACAUAGACCUCAGGUACAUAAUAAGUCCCAUCAAUGGCACAGUGUACUUAUCUGAGAAAGAUCCUGUCAAUACAAAGAUUGCCCUAAUUACGGUUUCAGAUAAGGAUACUGAUGUGAAUGGCAAAGUGAUCUGUUUCAUUGAGAGAGAGGUCCCCUUCCACCUCAAGGCAGUUUAUGACAACCAGUAUUUGUUAGAGACCUCUUCCUUGUUGGACUAUGAGGGCACCAAAGAAUUCAGCUUUAAAAUUGUUGCUUCUGAUUCUGGCAAGCCCAGUUUGAACCAGACUGCCCUGGUAAGAGUUAAGCUGGAGGAUGAAAAUGACAACCCUCCGAUUUUCAGCCAGCCUGUAAUUGAGCUGUCAGUUUCUGAAAACAACCGUCGUGGUCUAUACUUAACAACUAUUAGUGCCACAGAUGAAGACAGUGGGAAAAAUGCAGACAUUGUUUAUCAGCUUGGCCCUAAUGCCUCCUUUUUCGAUCUGGAUCGAAAGACGGGAGUUUUGACAGCCUCCAGAGUUUUUGACAGAGAAGAACAGGAGCGUUUCAUUUUCACUGUUACAGCCCGUGACAAUGGCACCCCUCCUUUGCAGAGUCAAGCAGCUGUAAUUGUUACUGUGUUGGAUGAAAAUGACAACAGUCCCAAAUUUACUCAUAAUCAUUUCCAGUUUUUUGUAUCGGAGAACCUACCAAAGUAUAGCACUGUGGGGGUGAUCACGGUGACUGAUGCAGAUGCUGGGGAAAACAAAGCGGUGACUCUUUCCAUCCUCAAUGACAAUGACAACUUUGUGCUGGAUCCCUUCUCUGGAGUUAUAAAGUCCAAUGUUUCUUUUGAUCGAGAGCAGCAGAGCUCCUACACCUUUGAUGUUAAGGCAGUUGAUGGAGGACAGCCUCCUCGCUCUUCUACAGCGAAAGUGACCAUAAAUGUCAUGGAUGUUAAUGAUAACAGUCCUGUUGUCAUCUACCCACCUUCUAAUACUUCUUUUAAGCUGGUGCCACUCUCAGCAAUUCCAGGAUCAGUGGUAGCAGAAGUGUUUGCAGUAGAUAUUGACACUGGAAUGAACGCUGAACUGAAGUACACAAUAGUGAAUGGAAAUAACAAAGGUUUGUUUCGGAUUGAUCCAGUGACAGGUAACAUCACUCUGGAAGAAAAACCGACUCCUAACGAUGUGGGGCUGCAUCGCUUAGUUGUCAACAUAAGUGAUUUGGGUUAUCCCAAAUCUUUGCAUACUCUUGUGCUUGUUUUUUUGUAUGUAAAUGAUACUGCUGGAAAUGCCUCUUAUAUUUAUGACUUGAUACGCAGGACUAUGGAAACGCCUCUGGACCGCAACAUAGGAGACAGUAGCCAACCCUACCAAAACGAGGACUAUCUCACAAUCAUGAUUGCUAUUGUGGCAGGUGCCAUGGUUGUCAUAGUGGUGAUAUUUGUCACUGUUCUCGUUCGCUGCCGGCACGCAUCCAGAUUCAAAGCUGCCCAGAGGAGCAAGCAAGGUGCUGAAUGGAUGUCUCCCAAUCAGGAGAACAAACAAAACAAGAAAAAGAAAAGGAAGAAAAGGAAAUCUCCGAAGAGUUCUCUUUUGAACUUUGUGACCAUUGAGGAGUCCAAACCUGAUGAUGCAGUUCACGAACCCAUCAACGGGACAAUAAGCCUUCCAGCAGAGCUGGAGGAGCAAAGUAUAGGAAGAUUUGAUUGGGGCACAGCACCACCAACAACCUUUAAGCCUAACAGUCCCGAUCUUGCCAAGCAUUACAAAUCUGCCUCUCCGCAGUCUGCUUUUCAUCUCAAACCUGACACUCCCGUUUCAGUGAAAAAGCACCAUGUGAUUCAGGAACUCCCUUUGGACAACACCUUUGUUGGUGGCUGUGACACCCUAUCCAAACGCUCUUCCACUAGUUCAGAUCACUUCAGUGCCUCAGAGUGCAGUUCCCAAGGAGGCUUCAAGACAAAGGGCCCCUUACACACCAGACAGUCCCAGCGCCGUGUUACAUUUCACCUCCCCGAUGGCUCCCAGGAAAGCUGCAGUGACAGUGGUCUGGGAGACCACGAGCCGGUGGGUGGUGGAACCCUGAUCUCACACCCUCUCCCUCUGGUUCAGCCGCAGGAUGAGUUCUACGACCAGGCCUCACCGGACAAGAGGACUGAAGCUGAUGGCAACUCCGACCCCAACUCGGAUGGGCCUCUUGGGCCAAGAGGAUUAGCCGAAGCUACAGAGAUGUGUACUCAAGAAUGCCUGGUUUUGGGUCAUUCAGAUAAUUGUUGGAUGCCUCCCAGCCUGGGUCCAUACCAACAGCCAAAGUCUCCUCUGUCUACCUUUGCACCUCAGAAAGAGUGGGUUAAGAAGGACAGAUUAGUUAAUGGACACACACUGACCAGGACCUGGAAAGAAGAUAGCAACAGAAACCAGUUCAGUGAUCGAAAGCAGUAUGGUUCCAGUGAGGGCCAUUUCAACACUGGUAAUCACAUGACUGACAUUCCUCUGGCCAACUUGAAGUCUUAUAAACAGGCCUCAGGAGCUGCUGAGAGUCCAAAGGAGCACCAGCUAUAAGAAAUGGUUACUUUGGGCCAAUGACUUUAGCCUACUUAGACUUGCUAAUACUGUGUGUGUGUGUGUGUCAGAGCUUUAUGUACUGGGUGGACCUUUAGAACUAUGCUUUGCCUAGCAGAGAUAUGCAUAUCUUUAUGUUAGCACCGUGGAAGGUAUGAUGUCCUGCAAGAUGAAAGAGUUCCUACUAGUUGUGUGGUUUUGUUGAAUAGACAUGAUUAAACUCUGCAGCAAUCUCUCCAGCUUGAGAAUAUUCUUUUAUUGUUUGUUUGUUUGUUUGUUUGUUUUGACCCUGGACUGCUGCUAUGAACAACAGAAGAUGCAUUUUGAGAGUGGGAGAAUGAGAAAGUUCAUUGGAUUGCAAUGAUUGAAAAGAAUAUACAGUUAGAAAAUUGUGCUUUUGUUGACAUUGACCUAUGCUGGGACCAUUAUACUUGAGAACAUAUUGUAAACAAAACAACUGAAACUGUAAACAUUAAACCUAUUGUGCUAUUAAUGCUAGUGGACACUUAUAAGUCAAUCAGUGUUCAAAUACUUGUAAAUAGAAACAAUUAUUACUUACAAAAUUUGUGUACUUAUAACAUUCACUUGAAAAGAUACGGUAGCAUAUUUCUGUGUUUCAGAGUUGCUUUUUACUUUCUUUCAUUUGCUUCCUGUUGUUUUGCUUUCAUUUUCAGUGAUGGUGUUUCUGUGUUAGUAAUCUGUCUGACACACAAUGUUCCAAGGAACUCAAAACACUCGUGUUAAAAGGGAAAAAAAAAAAAAAAAAAAAAAAAAGGAUUGAUGAAGUGGGAGAGAAGGUUGCUGGUAGAAAGGAGAGCAAGAAAAAAUAUGAAAAAAUGUUAUUCUCCUUUCUAGUAGUUGCAAAUGAUGCUGGCAUUAAGGUAGAUUUUUUUUUUUUUUCCAAGUCUUAAGCAGUGAAAGGAUAUAUGUAAGGGCUUUAAAAAAUUGCAACUUUUUUUUUUCUUUUAACUUCCAUUCUGUUUCAUAAAACAGGGAAACUGCAAAGCAGAGGAGUAUUUAGAUUUUUGUUGAUGCAGUGGGUAAGGGUGAAUUUGGAAUCCUUGAUCAAGUUAGCUGCAGUCUGGAAUUUAAUGAGUGGCAGCUGACAUUGAUCUCAGCUGGAAUUUAUGAAGGAAAUUAUAAAGAAAAUAUAAUAAUCAUGUUUUUCCAGUUGGGCAAGUGUGUGUCUAUACCUAAGACAGUUUGUACUGCUGAAACAGCAGCAUUUGUGUGGAUCUUCAUCUGCGUUAAUGUUGUAGUAACACAAGUGUUUUUAGACCAUAGCCAGAAAAUAUUUAAUGUGUUGUGCCUUCAUGAUGUAACAGAGCAUUCUCCUGGUAGGCUAGUUGGGGGAAAUAAAGGGUUAAAUCUCUAAUUAUUGCUGUUUAACUGUUUGUUAUCAUAGUUGGUCAAUGCCUGGCAGGUACCAGUAUCAUGUCACCUCCGUCAAACCAGCAGAGUGACUACUAAUGUUAAUAAGAUCUAAGUUGCACGCAAAGCAAAUCCAAAUCCAAACAUUCUUAGAUUGUUUUUGUUAAAGCAUGACAGAUUAUUUACACAAAUAAAUAGCAUGCAAAAGUUAAAAAAAAAGUCCUUGCAGAAAAAUAAUAAAAAAAAAAAAAGCAGAAGUUAGUUAUGCCACAGUGAAACAUCAAUCUUAAAAUAACAGUUAGUUAACUUGAAGGUGGUUUUAUUCUUACCACAAACACAUUUUUUUUUUCUUCUUUUUUUCUUUUGUAUAUAGUAGUUCACAUUGUUUUCUUCCUCCACAAUAUAAAAGGCAUUAAAUGGGUUAGGGGUGCAUUGCUUAUUGCAGUACAUAUGUCAGUUUGUGAGGGGUGUUUGAUGACUUUGACAGAAUAAAUAUCUAACCAGUUAUCCUUGUUACUGCUUUGCCAGUUCAACGUUAUUUAGUUAUUCAGCUCUUGCAAUAAAUGUUCUGAAUUUC